UCAGGCGAAAGGAGAGUGGUAGCCUUCAGAUAUGUAACCGUUUUCAUAUUUUCCAUUUCCUGCUUUAAAGUUGCAACUGGAUGUUGGCUGAGAAGAUGAUGUGCAGCAAUCUGUAGGUUGACAUAUUAAUCAUGCAUCAGUUAGCGUCUUCUGAUAUCAGUGCUGAAAAGCUGCAUCCAUCCCAUGAAAGCACAGGUGCUAUUCAGAUGAGACUCAAAAGUGCUAACAGCCCCCAUGACAGACACAGCCAAACCAAAUCUAUGAUACUGUCUGAUAAUCUGAAGGUCACUGAACCUAUAUCCCGUCAUAGAAGAAAUCAUUCCCAACAUAAUUUAACACUUCCUGAAUUCAUUAGCCCACUGGAGCAAACGGUAAUCAAAGAAGGGUAUCUUCUCAAAGCUAGAAUUGCAGAUGGAGGCAAGAAGCUAAGGAAAAACUGGACUUCGUCUUGGCUUGUGCUUACUGGUCGGAAAAUAGAAUUUUACAAAGAAUCCAAGCAGCCAGCUGUGGCCAAUCUGAAAGCAGGGUAUAAACCUGAAUGGGUGGACUUGUCUGGAGCACACAUUGAAUGUACUAAAGAGAAGUCUAGCAAAAAGAACGUCUUCCAGAUCACAACGGUAUCAGGAAAUGAGGUCCUUCUUCAAUCAGAUAUUGACUUCAUCAUAAUGGGGUGGUUCCAUGCUAUCAAAAAUGCAAUUGACAGAUUGCCCAAAGAGAAGAGUAACAUGUCAAGGAAGAAUGAGGUCAAAAUUACAAGAUCUUCCAGUUCUGAAUUGCUGAGCAGCUUUGAUGCUGAUUCUAAGGAACUGAAGCCAGAAAACAGAAGAUCUUUAAUUUUCAGGCUGAACUACAGCAUUUCUGAUACAACUGACAGAAACCGAGUUAAAAGCAGAUUAAAGAAGUUUAUCACUCGAAGACCUUCACUGAAAACUUUGCAAGAAAAGGGGAUCAUUAAAGAUCAAGUUUUCGGUUCUCAUUUACACCGUGUGUGUGAACGCGAUGGCUCCACAGUCCCACAGUUUGUUAAAAUAUGCAUAAAAACCAUUGAAAAACGAGGUUUGGAUGUUGAUGGAAUAUACAGAGUCAGCGGCAAUCUGGCAACGAUACAAAAGUUACGAUUUGUUGUCAAUCAGGAAGAGAAGCUGAAUUUGGACGACAGCCAGUGGGAGGACAUCCACGUUGUCACCGGAGCACUCAAGAUGUUUUUCAGAGAGCUGCCUGAGCCACUGUUCCCAUACUGCUUCUUUGAACAGUUUGUGGAGGCAAUAAAAAUCCAAGACGAGAAUGACAGAGUGAAAUCCGUGAAGGGCCUUGUACAGAAGCUUCCCAGACCAAAUUAUGACACCAUGAAAAUACUAUUUGAACAUCUAAAAAAAAUAGCAGCAAAGGAGAAUGUGAAUCUUAUGACCCCUCAGAGUUUAGGCAUUGUUUUUGGACCGACACUUCUUCGAUCUGAAAAAGAGAUGCGGUCCAUGGCAGUAGACAUGCUGUACCAAAACCAACUUGUUGAGCUAAUGCUAAGCGAAUACACCAAGAUCUUCAACUUUGAGAAAGACUGACAGACAGGGAACGUUACUGAAUAUAUUCACAUCUGUCUUGAUAUCUAAUAUUUUUACAUUUCUGUAAACAUCUUUCUGAAAUAUUUCUUUUCCCUUCUAGUGACAGAUGCCUCGUUUUGUGAAAACGUAGUGAUGAUUUUGUCUUUAAAUUUCCAAACAUUGGAAUAAAAAUAUAUUGUCAACAUUUGCUUAUGUGUACUCGGUGUUAACCCUUUGCAUGAGUCAGUCUCUGCUACAGCACUCUACAAGGCUUUGCCAUUUUGCAUGCCUUUAUUUUACAGCUGGGAUUUGACAAUAUGGCCAAAUCCAGAUGAAAUAUUGCUUGGAGGCAUAUGCAAUGGCACUCCCAGACAAGCAGGGUUGGAGGUUAAUGGAUUUAAAUUGGUUUCUGGAACAAUUAAAUUGGUACUGAUAAUAGUCUGUCACUUAAAAUGCUUUUUAAUGUAUAUACCUGUUCUUGUGUGGAAAAUGAUAAAAACAUGUUGAAUGGUCAUUUCUCCUUGAGGCGAAGCCAAAGGAUCAAAUGUUGCAACUGAUUUGUUCUCUCUCACAGACGCACUCUCUCUCUCUCUCUCUCUCUCUCUCUCUCUCUCUCUCUCACACACACACACACACACACACACACACAC